CUCAUGUAGUUGGUGGAGGCGGGAUUAUUGUACACCGAGGUUGUGUGUGAAACGUGAAUGAGAUACUGGAGUGGAGAGGAGUGGGUAAUACGGUAAGCUGUCCCCAACCUCAUCCAAAAUGACUAAGUUGGGCUUCCUGCGCCUCUCUUAUGAGAAACAGGACACGCUGCUCAAGUUGCUCAUUCUGUCUAUGGCAGCUAUUCUUUCAUUUUCUACCAGACUGUUUUCUGUGUUGCGGUUUGAAAGUGUCAUCCAUGAGUUUGAUCCGUACUUCAACUACCGCACAACCCGUUUCCUGACAGAGGAAGGAUUCUACAAGUUCCAUAACUGGUUUGAUGACCGGGCAUGGUAUCCCUUGGGCAGAAUCAUCGGAGGAACCAUUUACCCAGGGUUGAUGGUCACAUCUGCAGCCCUGUAUCACACCCUCCACUUUUUCCACAUCACGAUUGACAUCCGCAACGUGUGCGUCUUCCUGGCCCCCCUCUUCUCUUCCUUCACCACCAUCGUCACCUACCACUUCACCAAGGAGCUCAAGGAUGCGGGCGCUGGGCUCCUGGCUGCAGCCAUGAUUGCCAUCGUGCCCGGCUACAUCUCUCGCUCUGUAGCCGGCUCCUAUGAUAACGAAGGCAUCGCCAUCUUCUGCAUGCUGUUGACCUACUACAUGUGGAUCAAGGCUGUCAACACCGGCUCGGUGUACUGGUCUUCCAUCUGUGCCUUGGCUUACUUCUACAUGGUGUCCUCCUGGGGUGGCUACGUGUUCCUUAUCAACCUGAUCCCCCUCCACGUGCUGGUCUUGAUGCUCACGGGCCGCUUCUCUCACCGCAUCUACGUGGCCUACUGCACCGUGUACUGCCUGGGCACCAUCCUCUCCAUGCAGAUCUCCUUUGUUGGCUUCCAGCCCGUGCAGUCCUCGGAACACAUGGCGGCCUUCGGCGUGUUCGGCCUGUGCCAGAUCCACGCCUUUGUGGACUACCUGCGCAGCAAGCUCAACACCCAGCAGUUUGAGGUGCUCUUCAAGAGCGUCAUCUCCCUGGUGGGCUUCGUCAUCCUCUCCGCCGGAACCGUCCUCAUGCUGACUGGUAAGAUCUCUCCCUGGACGGGUCGCUUCUACUCGCUGCUGGACCCCUCCUACGCCAAGAACAACAUCCCCAUCAUCGCCUCCGUCUCUGAGCACCAGCCCACCACCUGGUCCUCCUACUACUUUGACCUGCAGCUGCUGGUCUUCAUGUUCCCCGUGGGUCUAUACUACUGCUUCAACAACCUUUCCGAUGCCCGCAUCUUCAUCAUCAUGUAUGGAGUCACCAGCAUGUACUUCUCCGCCGUCAUGGUGCGUCUGAUGCUGGUGCUGGCCCCAGUCAUGUGCAUCCUGUCGGGCAUCGGCGUGUCGCAGGUGCUGACCACCUACAUGAAGAACCUGGACGUGAGCCGGCCGGACAAGAAGAGCAAGAAGCAGCAGGACGCCACCUACCCCAUCAAGAACGAGGUGGCCAGUGGGAUGAUUCUGGUCAUGGCCUUCUUCCUGAUCACUUACACCUUCCACUCCACCUGGGUGACCAGCGAGGCGUACUCCUCCCCCUCCAUCGUGCUGUCAGCCCGCGGUGGCGACGGCAGCCGCAUCAUCUUCGACGACUUCAGAGAGGCAUACUACUGGCUGCGCCACAACACCCCCGAGGAUGCCAAGGUCAUGUCCUGGUGGGAUUACGGCUAUCAGAUUACGGCCAUGGCUAAUCGAACGAUUUUAGUCGACAACAACACGUGGAACAACACUCACAUCUCCCGCGUGGGACAGGCCAUGGCGUCGACGGAGGAGAAGGCCUAUGAUAUCAUGAGGGAGCUGGACGUCAGCUACGUCCUGGUCAUCUUCGGCGGACUCACAGGCUACUCCUCAGACGACAUCAACAAGUUCCUGUGGAUGGUGCGAAUCGGAGGCAGCACGGACACGGGAAAGCACAUCAAAGAGCACGACUACUACACGCCCACCGGGGAGUUCCGGGUGGACCGCGAGGGCUCCCCUGUGCUGCUCAACUGCCUCAUGUACAAGAUGUGCUACUACCGCUUCGGACAGGUCUACACCGAAGCCAAGCGCCCACCAGGUUACGACAGGGUGAGGAAUGCAGAGAUCGGGAACAAAGACUUUGAGCUGGACGUGUUGGAGGAGGCCUACACGACAGAACACUGGCUAGUUAGGAUAUACAAGGUGAAAGACCUGGACAACCGAGGUCUCUCCAGGACAUAAUGCCUUCAGUUCCGUCCUCAAUCACUCAGCCCCUUCUAGCGAAAAGCACUGAACAGCCUUCCCCUGUGGCCAGACGAAUUGGGGGGGAAAACAAGAACUUUUUAUACUUUGGUUGGGGAGGGCAAGAUGCAGUAAAGAGAUUUUGGUUUUG